AUGAACGAGCAGUUCGACAAGGGCGAUAUAGCCUGGAUGUGCGUUUCCGCCGCCCUGGUUAUGCUCAUGAUCCCAGGUGUUGGCUUUUUCUACGCCGGUCUCGCCCGUCGCAAGUCGGCCCUGUCCCUCAUGGUCAUCAUCAUGCUCGCCCACGCCGUUGCUACAGUCCAAUGGUGGUUCUGGGGUUACUCCCUGACCUUCUCCGCUACCGGCAGCGCCUUCAUCGGCAACCUCGACAACAUCGGCUUCCGGAACGUUGGUGGUGCCGAUGCUGAUGGCAUUCCCGAGAUUCUCUUCGCUACCUACCAGGGUCUCUUCGCUGCCAUUACUCCGGCUCUCGCCCUUGGUGCCGUUGCCGACCGUGGCCGCAUCCUCCCCGCCCUCGUCUUCGUCUUCAUCUGGUCCACCCUCGUCUACGACCCCAUCGCCUGCUGGACCUGGGGCGCCAACGGCUGGCUUCACGCCAUAGGCUCCAUCGAUUUCGCCGGUGGUACUCCCGUCCACAUCAACUCCGGUGUCACCGCCCUCGCCUACUCUCUCAUGAUCGGCAAGAGGACCGGCUACGAGCGCCUGAACGGUCUCCCCUACCGGCCCCAUAACGUCACCAACGUCAUGCUCGGCACCGUCUUCCUCUGGGUCGGCUGGUUCGGCUUCAACGGUGGCUCCACCCUCGCUGCCAACGUCCUCACUGCCCAGGUCCUCUUCAUCACCAACCUGACUGCUUGCUUGUCUGGCCUGACCUGGGUCCUGCUCGACUACCGUCUGGAGGGCAAGUGGUCGACCAUUGGCUUCUGCUCCGGCGCCAUCACCGGUCUCGUCGCCAUCACCCCCGCUGCCGGCUUCGUCCCCAUCUGGUCUUGCGCCGUCUUCGGCAUUGUUGGUGGUGUCGCCGGCAACUUCGCCACCAAGCUCAAGUUCCUUGUUGGCAUUGACGAGGCUCUCGAUGUCUUCGCCGUCCACGGUGUUGGUGGUAUCGUCGGUAACCUUCUGGCUGGUAUCUUCGCUGCUUCCUGGGAGGCCAACCUCGAUGGCGGCAGCGAGAUCGACGGCGGCUGGAUUGAGGGCCACUUCGUCCAGCUCGGCUACCAGCUCGCCGGCACCGUCGCCGGUGUUGCCUGGUCUUUCGUCAUGACCUGCCUCAUCCUCUUCGUCCUCAACCUCAUCCCCGGUCUCAGCCUUCGCGUCUCCCCCGAGGAGGAGGAGCUCGGCCUCGAUGAUGUCCAAUGCGGCGAGUUCGCCUACGACUACGUCGAGGUCCGCCGCCACGUCUCCGACGUCAUCACUGGCGAGGAGCCCGCCCGUGUCAGCCGUGCUGCCUCUGCUCACAGCACCGAGCCUGAGAAGGCAGCGCCUGCUACCACCACCGCCUAA